UAGAAAGAAAGAAAGAAAAGGAAAUUCCUUCUCUGGGGUCCGGCCAUGGAGAUGGAAGUUUACGAGUAAAAAAAAAAAGGGCAUAGCUUUAGCUGUGUAUGUGUGUGUUGUUGCAUUAUUGUAGGUUAUUAUUUAAUGUUAAAAUUGACUAAAUAUCCUCUCAUGGAACGGAGGAGGGAAGGAGUAGGGUCCCAACUGUACAAUGCUAAAUUCUCAGCUUUUGAAUUCAUUUCUUUAUUGAGGUCUUCAUCUUCAUCUUCAUAAUCAUAUCUCUCUCCCUUUCUCUCUGCUGUUCUUCAUUAUCUUCUUCACUUCAAGCUUCACAUCUCUCUCUCUCUCUCUUUCUCUGCCUGAAUUGGAGUUUUGGGCUUUGCAUUAUUUUGGGUUCUGACUCUGAACGAUUUUGGAUAAAGAGAAGUUCUGGUUGGCUUUAGUGGAGCCAAGCCAACGUCCUUUUCUCUCUACUGUGGUUUUUCAGUCAAAAGUCAACUGCAGCACUUAACUUUGUGGAUUAAGCUGACACAGUUUGAGUUAGGUUUUUAUGAAAAGAAAGUAUUCUAAUGGGGUUUUGACAUAGGGGGUGCUAAGGAAUGAUAGCCGUUUGGUAGAUCAGCAGGCUGCAUGGGAGGUCUGUUACACCUUUUUGCCUUCGAAAACAGGAGCAUGGCCAGGAAAGUUCUUACUCAUAAGAAACGUGUUGAUGGUCUGGAAGCUCCUCGAAAUAGCCUCGAGCUGAGAAUAGAAAAUUCUCAGAAUCACUCUGCUGUACGAGAUUUACCGGUGGAAGAAGACUGGUCUGAAAAGAAUUGCUAUCCAUUUGAAGCUUCGAUGAAGAAAUUGAUUAAUGAAGAAAUCUCCAAGCAUUCAAGUACAAGACAAAAUGCACCAAGCAUAGUGGCUCGCCUGAUGGGAAUGGAUAUGUCAACUUCAGAUACGAAAUCUGCAGUUCAGCCAACUGAGAAAAGGAGCGACAAUAUGAGAACGAGGUGUUCAAAUAAGGAAGCAAAUGGAUUUGGUUUAACAGACCAUCUCUCUUCUAACUCAAACUCUUCAAGGCAGAUGGAACUUAAUUUAUCAUACCCUAAUGGAGACAUAGAUUCUGACAGAUGGAACAAUGGCCAGAGGUCUGGUAAAGGAAGGAGUCGAGAGCAUCCUCAAGAGGAGGAACUGCAGAAGUUUAAGAAAGAAUUUGAAGCAUGGCAAGCAGCUAGGUUCAGAGAGUGUUCAAAAUUUGCUGAACUUGGAAACAUCCCUUCACAGUUGCUUGCUCAGGAGGAUCUCAACAAGGAAAGGGCGGAACUCUAUGGGCGAACAACAGUUGAGAAAGCUGUAAAGUCAAAGGGUCAGACAAUAAAAGCAAGGGCACAGGAAAUUGGAGGCUUGCAACAUCAUGAAAUGGAAUCUUUCCAGGUUGAAAGGAAAAAUUCUUCAUUAAAAAGCAGAAACUCAAGCAGAGAUUUUGAGAAAUCUUCUAUGAUGGACACUGAUCCGAAACUAUAUGCAUUGUCUGCUCCAACUAAGAUAGUUAUUUUAAAGCCUGGCCCUGAUAGGGUGUGUGACCAUAGAGAGUCUUGGACAAGCUCCCCGAGCUUUUCGGAGCAGAGAGGUAGCAUAGAAGACUUUCUUGAGGAGGUGAGAGAACGACUGAAAUGUGAAAUGCAAGGGAAAAUGCUUAGAAGGGGUUCAGUUGUUCGAGGAAGUGGAAUUGAGACUCCUUAUAGUGAAAAGCCAUCAUCAGAUCCUAAACAAAUUGCUCAGAACAUUGCAAAACAGGACAGAGACAGUGUGAGUAAGGACAUUGGGGCAAACUUGACACGGUUAGAAUCAACAAGUUCAUAUAAAAGUGAAAUUCAGCUAAAUGGGCCAAGUUCUCCAGAGUUUAUCAGUAGAGAUACUAGGAGAUUCGUAUCAGAGAGGCUAAAGAAUGUUCUGAAGAAAGAAACAGAUAUGCACACAAUUGUUGGUGGCCACUCUAGAUCUUACAGUGUGUUAGACUUGGACAAUGAUAGCAUUGAAGUAAAACAAGGAGGAGAUACUUUAAAAGAGGAACAAAAAAUGCAUACCAGAUCCUUCAGAUACGGGCUAGGAGAUGACAGACCUCUCCAUAAGGAGUUGCCCCCCAGAAAUCUCAUUAGAUCAUUGUCCGCCCCAGUAUCAGGAACGUCUUUUGGGAAACUUCUCCUGGAGGACCGCCAUAUUCUAACAGGUGCCCAAAUCAGGCGGAAGCUUGAAGCUACAGAAAAUGUGCCUGUGGACUUGAAGAAGCGGAAGAAAGAGAGAUUUAAUUUUAAAGAAAAAGUUUCCAAUUUCAGAUAUAGCUUUUCUCUCAGGGGCAGACUGUUUGGUAAGAAGAUUCAAUCAGUGAUGGAAUCACAUGUUUUCGAACGGUAUCCUCUGAAAGAUAUCAUGAGUGGUCCAACUGUAGUUUCAAACUUCAAUGAGAGACAUAUAAACGAGAAUUUUACUGAGGUUCCUCCUAGUCCUGCAUCAGUGUGCAGCAGUCCUCAAGAAGAGUUAUGGAGGCCAGUUGAUCAGCUUAGCCCUCUGUCGACUCCGGAUGUAACUCCAAGCAACGAAUAUGCUUUGCCACAGGUUUUUAGAGAGAUCAGCUCUAAUCUAAGUGAACUACGGAGGCAGCUGAAUCAACUUGAGUCCGAUGAUCCCGAGGAAAGAAUAAUCCAAUCAAAGCCUGCACAGCCUGAGAUGUUUGAGCUAAAGGAUCCAGAAGAAGCAUACAUAAGAGAUCUACUGGUUGCUUCUGGUUUAUAUGAUGCAUCGCCGGACAAAUAUUUGUGGAGAUCGGAGACAUCUACAAAGCCUAUCGGCACUUUAGUGUUUGAAGAAGUAGAAGAAUCUUAUAAAAUUUUUGCCAAGGACCACAAUAUCUCUCUAAAGGAUCAGAGAGCAAGGAAAAUACAUCACAAGUUGUUACAUGAUUUGUUAAACGAAGCACUCACAACUGUACUUGAACCACAUCGGGCCAUAUCAGCAGUAUCUAAAGUCAAAAGAAAAUCAAUGAAUUCUUCAAGUUUUCCAACUUUACAUGGAAAUAAAUUGUUGGACUGUGUUUGGGAGAUUAUAUGUGAUCAUUUAUACCCCUCAACAGAUAGAUCUUGUUAUUCACUAGAGGAAAUGGUGGCGCGAGAUCUGAGACUGAGUCCUUGGACUGGACAGGUGGAUGGUGAAGGUACUAGUUUGGGGAGAGAGAUGGAAAUUCUGAUCAUGGGAGAUCUAGUGGAUGAGAUUUUGGAGGAUAUGUAGCCGUGAUGGGGUUUUAGGGGGAUCAGGAAGGAAAUCAAGUUACAAUGACAUAGAGUGGAUGGUGUGCAUAUGAGAAGUAAAUACAAUGGAUAUGGAAAACUGCUGCUGAUUACCAUAUAUUUGUUUGAUGAUUGAUAUAGAUGAGUUUUGGAAGUGAGGUUUCAUGUGGUUUGCUGUACAUAUCCUUUGUUUGUGAGAUAGGAGUUGUUAGAUUAAAAUUUUAGAGUGUAAAUUAGGUAACAUUUGGACAAUAACCAACGCAUGUGUUCUUCUGUAUUGGACAAGAUAUUAUUCUUUCUUCACAACACUUUUACACAGUCUAGCAGAACUAGUAACAGAAUGUUCUAUAUAUUAUUAAAGAAAAUUUACAAUAAAAGGCACAGACAUAGGUGCUUUUUUUC